CCAACUUCUGGGCGUAAGCGAUUCUCUUGCCUCAGCCUCCCAAGUAGCUGGGACCACAGGCGCCAGCCACAACGCCUGGCUAUAUUUUUGGUUGCAGCUGUCAUUGUUGUUUGGAGGGCCCGGGCUGGAUUCGAACCCACCAGCUCAGGUGUAUGUGGCUGGUGCCUUAGCCACUUGAGCCACAGGCCCCGAGCCUCUAGGCUAUUUUCUUGGCAGAUCUCAAAGGAGACCAUGGUGAGGAGGGAGGUGGGGAACUGGGCUGGGGCCAAGAGAAGACGCUUGCCAGCACUGUCAGCUGGUAAACUCAGGAGAAGCUGAGCCUGGUCUCUACCCUUUUCUCCCCUUUUCCUGGCCCUGCCAGACUCUAUCUCCCUGGGCGCCAGCCUCCCUACCCACCCCUGGGAGGCGGGGCUUGGCUGCACCCACGUGUAGCAGAGUUAAAUGCUUCUACCAGCAGAAGAGCUGAGGAGCGUAGCACUGAACCUGCAUGGGCAGAGAAGCAGAACCAUGGCUGGCAAGAAAGUCUGCAUUGUAGGCUCUGGAAACUGGGGCUCUGCCAUUGCCAAGAUUGUGGGUGGCAAUGCAGUCCAGCUGGCACACUUUGACCCACGGGUGACCAUGUGGGUGUUUGAGGAAGAUAUUGGAGGCAAAAAACUGACGGAGAUCAUCAACAGACAGCAUGAGAAUGUCAAAUACCUGCCAGGGCACAAGCUGCCCCCAAAUGUGGUGGCUGUUCCAGAUGUGGUCCAGGCUGCAGAGGAUGCUGACAUCCUGAUCUUUGUGGUGCCCCAUCAGUUCAUUGGCAAGAUCUGUGACCAGCUCAAGGGCCACCUGAAGGCAAACGCCAUUGGCAUAUCUCUUAUUAAGGGGAUAGACGAGGGCCCCAAUGGGCUGAAGCUCAUCUCUGAAGUGAUUGGGGAGCGCCUUGGUAUCCCAAUGAGUGUGCUGAUGGGGGCCAACAUUGCCAGCGAGGUGGCUGAUGAGAAGUUCUGUGAGACAACCAUUGGUUGCAAGGACCCAGCCCAGGGACAAGUUCUGAAAGAACUGUUGCAAACACCCAAUUUCCGUAUCACAGUGGUGCAAGAGGUGGAUACAGUCGAGAUCUGUGGGGCCUUAAAGAAUAUAGUGGCCGUAGGAGCUGGCUUCUGUGAUGGCCUGGGCUUUGGUGACAACACCAAGGCAGCAGUGAUCCGGCUGGGACUCAUGGAGAUGAUCGCCUUUGCCAAGCUCUUCUGCAGUGGCCCUGUGUCCUCUGCCACCUUCUUGGAGAGCUGCGGUGUUGCGGACCUCAUAACUACCUGUUAUGGAGGGCGAAACCGCAAGGUCGCUGAAGCCUUUGCCUGUACAGGAAAGUCCAUUGAGCAGUUGGAGAAAGAGAUGCUGAAUGGACAGAAGCUGCAGGGGCCCCAGACGGCCCGGGAGCUACACAGCAUCCUCCAGCACAAGGGCCUGGUGGACAAGUUCCCUCUGUUCAUGGCUGUGUACAAAGUGUGCUAUGAGGGCCAGCCAGUGGGUGAAUUCAUCCGCUGCCUGCAGAACCAUCCAGAACAUUUGUGAGUGGAGCCAGGGCCCAGCCCAGGCAGCUUCUUUACCCCAAUGGAGACUGGCAGAAACUUGGGGAACCCCGUCACCAGACUCUCCAGGACUCCGCAUGGAACAGAAUCUUCUCAGCUUUUCUUUGGAGGACAGGAGGCUGUGGGGCCCCAGCUCUGCACCUGGAGGUCCUGAACUGCCAAGCAGCCUGCAGUCUCCUGCUACCACAUCUUGUCAGAAAUGGAGCUGCCAUGUCCCUGUCCAGAUGUGGAGCUUUCUUCCUGUCCUCUGGGAGGGGUAGAAUCAAGCCUCAGUGCUUCCUGCUUCAGGUGUAUAUAUAUGGGGGACAGUGGGGAUAGAGGACAUCAGUGCAGGGGCUACUGGUUCCUCCCUCACACAGGGAUCCUGUUAAAUGGCUAAAGAAAUACUUGAGCCACAGGAGGGAUGAGGCAAGGGCUUCAGGGAGAGGUUUGGGCUUUUGAGCUGACAUAGGACCCAGGGACCCCUUGAAUGAUCUCUGCCAGGCCCCCACAGCUUCAAUAGAUCUCAAUGUUUGUUAACAAAAUACAGAGAUCUCAAACACCCCCCCUUCUAGCUUCUCCUAGCAACACCUGCGUCCUCAGAAACCUCUGGUCAUCCUUUGCCCCUCCCCCAGGCUACUCUGGCACCAGAGUUGCUGCCAUGCUGGCAUCUCUGGCCUUGUGGCUUGCCAUUACCCCCAGGGACUUCUUGGUUCCUGGUUCUUUGCCAGUUCCUCCUACCCCAUGUGACCUUUCCUAGCCUUCCCUCACCCUCCCCACCAGCACCCUCUUUGGGGAGCAGGAACUUAAUCUGCUGACAGAACUACAGUUUUUCAAAGUAGGCUAAGAUCACUAGGCUCCCUGUGACCUUUGUAUUUGCCCUGCUUCUCUUCUCAGUAGCUCUAGCUGGGGGAGGUGUCAGCUGGGCUCCUCCUGCUGCGAUCUCCCCAGAGGACAUCCCUGACUGUCUUCUUCAUCCUCUCAAUCCUGUGUACCUUUUUCUCACCUGCCCCAGACUGGCCAGGGAAGCUAAUCAGCACCUGGCAUCUGGAGGCCAGGUGGCCAGAGUGGGCAGAGGUGGGAAAAGUAAGCAGGUUCCCAUGUUGGUGGGUCCUAAUAGCCCAAGGCCAGCUCUCCUAUGCGUAAUGAGGCCCCCCCCCAAGGUGUUGUUCCCAUCAACAAUUCAGCAGUGAGAAACUCAAAGAGGAGGAAGAAAAUAAAAACCAGCCUACUCCCAGGGGUGAGAGAAGA